AUGUGGCGGAAUGUCAGAUUGAUCCUCUUCGUCACAAUUGCCAUGGUGAGUUGCAGCGAGCAAAAUUUGCUGGAAGUGGAAGAAAUGCAUUCAUGGCGCUAUCUCGAGUAUCUGCACGCCAAAUCGUCCAACCCGGAAAAAGCGUUUUUCACCGGGAUGCAAGUUUGGCGAGACAAAAUUUUCAUCAACAUCCCGCGACUUUACGAUAACAUUCCAAUCACCUUUGGUUGGAUCCCCCGAUUCGAAAACGCACCAACCUUUGACCAACCAAUUCGACCCUUUCCUGAUUAUUCUUGGCAGGACGCAGAAGGUCGAGGACAGUGCAGAGGAUUUGUCUCUACUUUCAGGUCUCGAAUUGACCGAUGCAACCGAAUUUGGACAAUCGACUCUGGAAAAAUUAACGCUCUGGGGUCGACACCACCUUUGAACCCUCGCGUGCCUUGCCCCCCUCGCAUAUUGGGCUUUGAUUUGGAGACGGGCCACUUCGUAAAAAGCGUGGCGGUGCCCAACGAGGUCAUCAACAAUAUGACCACGUUCACAUAUUUGAGUGUGGAAUUCGUGCCUGGGGGAGACUGCGACGACAUGUACAUAUACCUGAGUGACACACUGGGCUGGGGUUUGGUCGUUUACGACGUAAAGAGAAACAGUUUCUGGCGCCACGAGCACAACGCUUUCAACCCUGACCCAUCCAAGGUUUGGUCGUCUAUCAACGGAGAGCGAUUUAAUAUGGGGGAUGGUCUCAUCGGUAGCACAGUUGCCACUUUGAAUGGUGAAAGGGUUUUCAUUUUUCACCCUUACGCCAGAACAACUCUGUUCUAUGUACCUUUGAGGUUCAUAAAUGACCCGACAGUGAAGCACCUGCCAGUGCGGCCACUGAUGGAGCAGAGCUCACAGGGUAUCCCCCUGGCAACCGACAGACACAACACGGUGUACAUGUCCAUGAUUACCGAGACCAAUGUUCUUAGGUGGAACCCUAGCAGAUUUGGCCCUCAGCCCGUCCUGGUCGCCGAAGACAACAAGCGUUUUCAGGUGGUCGCCGACUUCAGUUUUGACGGCGAUGAGGUUUGGCUCGCGUCCAACCGAUUGCAAGGAGUUAUCAACGACAGCUACUUCAAAAACGCAACCAACCUCAGGAUCAUGCGACUCAGGAAGAAGCGAACUGGACACUAA